CACAACCUGCUGAUGAGCUUCGGACCCGAACGGCGCCUACUAGGUAGUUUAGCCAAGGAACAGACGGCCGUCGUUCUCUAGUUACCAGGCAAGGGCGGCCUUGCUACGAAAUACGCCUCCUUUGGCGCCUUCGAUAACACGAGGAGGUGGCAUUUUUACUACCUAGUUAGCUCAUGGACACGAUGUUUAAUGAGCUACCUACCUAGGUACAUACAUUCACAUGAAUGUGGCGUCCCCUAGAGAACUAUAGCGCCAAUCGGAAGCCUACUUUGACCCCGAUUGAUACACAAUUACGAGGUUUCAAAGUAUCAAAUUCAUUUCGAUGAUACAACCGAAAACGCGUGAAUUUCGAAAGAGCUAUUCCGGCAGGUCAAUUUCAAGAGGAGUGGUUGCGCGAAAAAAUACUGCCCCCACGAACUGGUGUCGAGUGUCCAGGGGUUUGGUAUGGUGUGGGGCUUCCCUUACUUCCAGCCUCGCGUGCCCUGCAGAUCCAAGUGGUCUACUCACCAAUCUGAGCUUGGGGAAUUCCCGUCCUUCGCCGGAACUAACGAAUCUCAUUCGCCGAUUCAUGCAGCCAUGCGGGUUUUCGUGUAGCCAAGGCAGCAGCGGCGAUGGUUCGAAGACGGUUUGGACAAAGAUAUCGGUUGUGGCGUUGUUGGCUUUUCUUCAGUGCAGUGCCGCGGUCUAUCACUCACCUCUCGGCUGUUUGGUUAUACCGUUUGAACGCCACAGCGGCCUAAAUUAUGCAGUCGACAACAUCACGUCACGAUUAGGCUCGACGAUUCCUAUUGGCUACACGAGCUGCACUCGUCGGCUUUAGCUGAUCUCACACCAUGUCGCAUACUUGACUACUUCGCCUCACGCCACAUCUAUCGUAACAUUAGCCCUAUCGAAAUAACCAUUUAUGAAACAAAUCUCGGUACUGGAGUUCUAGAC